GACAUCUCUCCAUCAACUCACAGUUUUGAAGCAUCCGUAGAGGUAACAGCGCUGCCGAUCCUUAGAAAUCAUAAGAAUAAUGAUUUUGUUUGAAAUUAUUGGUCUUGUUCUUCUUUCACUUACUGCCGUCUUGCAGAUUGCAGCAUUAGCAACAGUAAAAUGGUUGACAUUUGAUGUUGGCAUGCAAGCCUGGAGCUACGGACUUUUCAAAGCGUGUGUGGAAAUAAGGUCUCUCAGCAACUGCGCUAGUGGCCAUUGGUAUCCCAACAGAGAAGGUGAUCUGAAUGCAGUCAGGGCAAUGUCUGUAAUUGCAUUCCUCCUGGUGGCGGAAAUGAUAUUGACGUUCCUCAUUUGCAAGUUUGCUUUGAAGAAGAAACCAACAAUCCCCUUAGUUAUAAGUGGAGUUGUCGCAGGUCUAUUUCAAAUCAUCGCAGUCGCUGUCUUUGCUGCUAGAUUGAAGCCAGAAGGCAAUGACCUUGUAAAAUUCGGUGCUUCGUUUUAUGUCGCUUGUGUGGCAAUUGUCACAAUCAUAGCAGGCACUGUCUUCGCUGGCAUUGGAACAAAGAGAAGUGAUUAACUUUAUCACCCAACGGAGACAUUUCUAUUAAAAUUUGACUGAGCAUAUCUUUUUGUAUUUUCUCUUUAAUGAGUCAUAUAAUCAGGAAUGAUCAAA